AAAAAUUGAGAAGAAAAAAACAGAGAGAAAACAGAGGAAGAGGUUGAGAUGGAGGAACUUGUAGGCCUUCUGAGAAUCCGAGUGAAGAGAGGGAUCAAUCUUGCUCAGCGAGACACUCUAAGCAGCGACCCUUUCGUCGUCAUAACCAUGGGAUCACAGAAGCUGAAGACGCGUACUGUGGAAAAUAACUGCAAUCCUGAGUGGAACGAGGAAUUGACCCUUGCGUUAAAACAUCCCGAUGAACCUGUGAAUCUGAUAGUGUAUGAUAAAGAUACAUUCACAUCGCACGACAAGAUGGGAGAUGCAAAGAUAGACAUCAAACCAUUUCUAGAGGUUCACAAAAUGGGUUUGCAAGAACUUCCAGAUGGAACAGAGAUCAAGAGAGUUGUGCCCACCAGAGACAACUGUUUAUCUGAAGCGAGCAGUAUCGUCUCCAAUAAUGGCAAAAUCGUUCAGGACAUGAUUCUUCUGUUGAAGAAUGUCGAAUGCGGCGAGGUCGAGAUUCAGCUUGAAUGGAUUGAAAUUCCAGCUAUGGCGUCGACUUCAACAUCAUCUUUAAUGGCUUCAAAAACUGUAAUCUCCAAAACAGCUCUGUUUUCUUCCUUACCGGGAAUAGUCAACCGGAGUUUUUUAACAUUCUCACCAGCUUCUCCUUCCGUGAAACCCCUUAGGACAAGAUCUUCAAAUGUUACUAAGUUCGAUGAAGUAACCAACAGUCUUGACGAAGAUAUGGACCAGAUUCGACGGUUGCAAAACGGUUCUGAUGUUAGAGGAGUCGCAUUGGAAGGAGAGAAAGGUCGAACGGUUGACCUAACGCCUGCAGCUGUUGAAGCAAUCGCAGAGAGCUUUGGAGAAUGGGUUGCAGCAACGGAGAGUAAUGGAAACGGCGUCAUUAAGGUUUCUCUCGGACGGGAUCCACGUGUUUCCGGUGGGAAGUUAAGCACGGCUGUGUUUGCCGGUUUAGCUCGUGCAGGUUGUUUAGCUUUUGACAUGGGUUUGGCUACUACUCCAGCUUGCUUCAUGAGCACGUUACUCUCUCCAUUCGAAUACGACGCUUCAAUUAUGAUGACAGCUUCUCAUUUACCGUAUACAAGAAACGGACUCAAGUUCUUUACCAAGAGAGGAGGAUUAACGUCUCCUGAAGUGGAGAAGAUAUGCGAUUUAGCUGCGCGAAAGUACGCUACUAGGCAGACUAAAAUAGUUGUGAAUGCGGGUAAUGGGUCAGGAGGGUUCUUUACGUGGGACGUUCUAGACAAGUUAGGAGCCGAUACAUUCGGUUCGCUCUAUCUAAACCCAGACGGGAUGUUCCCCAAUCACAUUCCUAAUCCGGAAAACAAAAUCGCAAUGUCACACACCCGAGCCGCGGUUCUUGAGAACUCAGCGGAUCUCGGGGUUGUAUUUGACACGGAUGUUGACAGGAGUGGAGUGGUGGAUAACAGAGGAAAUCCUAUAAACGGUGAUAAGCUCAUUGCGCUUAUGUCAGCUAUUGUGCUUAAAGAACAUCCAGGAAGUACAAUAGUGACUGAUGCAAGAACGAGUAUGGGGCUAACUAGGUUUAUAACGGAGCGAGGAGGGAGGCAUUGUUUGUACAGAGUAGGGUAUAGAAACGUGAUUGACAAGGGAGUAGAGCUGAACAAAGACGGCAUCGAGACUCAUCUCAUGAUGGAAACUUCAGGACAUGGUGCUGUUAAGGAGAAUCACUUCUUGGAUGAUGGGGCAUACAUGGUGGUGAAGAUCAUAAUUGAAAUGGUGAGAAUGAGACUCGCGGGAUCAAAUGAAGGUAUCGGUAGUCUGAUCGAAGAUCUUGAGGAGCCGUUAGAAGCGGUUGAGCUGCGGUUGAAUAUUUUAUCAGAGCCAAGAGAUGCCAAAGCAAAAGGCAUUGAAGCCAUUGAGACUUUCAGAGAAUACAUCGAGGAAGGAAAACUGAGAGGGUGGGAAUUAGGCACGUGUGGGGAUUGUUGGGUGAGUGAAGGUUGCUUGGUGGACUCAAAUGAUCAUCCAUCUGCCAUUGAUGCUCACAUGUACAGGGCAAGAGUGAGUGAUGAAGAGAGUGGGGAAGAGUAUGGUUGGGUGCAUAUGAGGCAGAGUAUUCAUAACCCUAACAUCGCACUUAAUAUGCAAUCAAUGCUUCCUGGUGGAUGUCUCUCCAUGACAAGAAUCUUCAGAGACCAGUUUCUUGAUGCUAGUGGGAUUGCUAGAUUCCUGGAUAUAAGUGACUUCGACAAUUACAUCGGAGGACAAUCUUGAAGGUUCUUAAUUAAAUGUGAAAUUUGUAAUUAAAACACAACAUGAAUUGCUGCUACGUAUCGUAUCUUUAGUUAUAUGUAAAUAAAGGUUUUUAUAUUGA